GCCGCUGGCGUCUGAGCAGGAGGGGCUCCCGCAGCGUAACCCGGAAGUGCUUCUCUCUUCGGUGGCGGAGAGAAGAGACAUCAGACCGCUGGAGCGUGGAGGCGGCGGCCGUGCGCUGUCCUCAGUAUGCAGCGAUUACUCUCUCCGCCCCUGAAGGCCUUGAUGGGGAGCCCGUGUCUCCGGCUCCUGGUUCCUAGGGCGGCGCCUAGAGCACAGUGUGGUUGCAGCUGUGGGAUCAGCCGUCCCUUGAGGCCAGGUCAAUACAGCACCGUCUCUGAAGUAGCCUUGCAAGCCGGAAGGGGUACAGUGUCCCUUCCCUCAAAGGCUGCUGAGCGGGUGGUGGGCCGAUGGCUCCUGGUCUGCAGUGGAACAGUGGCUGGAGCAGUUAUUCUUGGUGGAGUAACUAGGUUGACAGAGUCUGGCCUCUCGAUGGUAGAUUGGCAUUUAAUAAAGGAGAUGAAGCCACCUACAAACCAAGAGGAAUGGGAAGCAGAAUUCCAAAAAUACCAGCAAUUUCCAGAAUUUAAAAUCUUGAAUCAUGAUAUGACAUUGGCAGAAUUCAAGUUCAUCUGGUACAUGGAGUACUCCCACCGAAUGUGGGGUCGUCUUGUAGGCCUCGUAUACAUCCUGCCUGCUGCCUACUUUUGGAGAAAGGGCUGGCUCAGCCGCGCCAUGAAAGGACGUGUUCUUGCCCUCUGUGGUUUAGUCUGCUUCCAGGGUCUGUUGGGAUGGUAUAUGGUGAAAAGUGGAUUAGAAGAAAAACCAGACUCCCAUGACAUCCCUCGGGUCAGUCAGUACCGCCUUGCUGCCCACCUGGGGUCAGCCCUUGUUCUUUACUGCGCCAGCUUGUGGACCUCACUCUCACUGCUGCUCCCUCAGCACAAGUUGCUCUCGCCUCGUUUCAAGUCCUUGUUAGCCACAUAUUGGGCAGUACAGUUGCCUGAAACCCGUCAGCUCCUGUGGUUGAGACGAUUCGCUCAUGGAACAGCAGGCCUAGUGUUCCUUACGGCUCUCUCAGGGGCCUUUGUGGCAGGACUGGAUGCUGGGCUUGUUUACAACUCCUUUCCCAAGAUGGGAGAAUCUUGGAUCCCAGAGGAUCUCUUUACAUUCUCCCCCAUCCUGAGGAAUGUUUUUGAGAAUCCCACCAUGGUGCAGUUUGAUCACCGGAUUCUGGGAAUCACUUCCGUUACUGCCGUUACAGCACUCUACUUCCUCUCCCGGAGAAUUCCCCUUCCUCGAAGGACCAAGGUGGCAGCAGCGACUCUGCUAGCUUUGGCAUACACACAGGCCGGCUUGGGCAUUAGCACUCUGCUGAUGUACGUGCCAACUCCUCUGGCUGCCACUCACCAGUCAGGCUCCCUGGCUCUUCUCACUGUUGCCCUUUGGCUCAUGAACGAACUCCGGAGAGUUCCAAAGUAAUUCUCAGAGGAUCACCUUUCUAGGACUGAAACUGCUUUUGAGAGCUCAUCAGAGUACAAGAACUUGGCUUGUCUAAGAGGAUGACCUUGGCAUACCAAGUGGUUUCCAAAUUUGUCGAGUUACUUAAAAUUCUUUGCUUGUUUCUGAGACAGUCGCUGGAUCAAGAAUGUCAAUAUGGUGGGACUGGCCCAUGGCGUAGUGGUUGAGUUUGGUGGCCUGGGUUCACAAGUGUGGAUCCCAGGCACAGACCUACACCACUUGUUGGCCAUGCUGUGGUGGUGACCCACAUAUAAAGUAUAGGAAGAUUGGCACAGAUGUUGGAUUGGGGCUAAUUUUCCUCAAGCAAAAAAAAAACAGAGGAAGAUUGGCAACAGAUGUUAGCUCAGGGCAAAUCUUGCUCAGCAGAAAAAGAAGAAUGUCAAUAUAGUUAUGCUCAAGGUUCCUUUAUAAAUUUGUUACUUUUCAGGUUGAAAAUCAAGUUUAAUGUAGAGAAAGAAAUGUCUGCCAUUUGCUGCUCCUUAAUAGGCUGUGUCUCGGGUUUCUUUUUUUUUUUUCUUCUCCCCAAAACCCCCCAGUACAUAAUUGUAUAUUCUAGUUGUAGGUCCUUUUGGCUGUGCUAUGUGGGACGCCAGCUCAGCAUGGCUUGAUGAAUGGUGCUAAGUCUGUGCCCAGGAUCCAAACUCGUGAAACCCUGGGCCGCCGAAGCAAAGUGCACGAACUUAACCACUCGGCCACAGGGCCGCCCUUCGGUUUCUUAAUGUUGGUUGUACGUACAUGAUGUCUGUCUCCUUGACCUCCUGAGUCCUGAAUUCUGCCCAAGUGGAAAUUCUUUAUGAUCUCAACUUCACUUCCAUCAGGUGAAGAUUCAAAGGGAAUGAUUGGCAUACCCUAAAGUAGCCAGAUAGCCUUCAGCAAGAAAUAGCUAUGUCUUCCAGAAUCCUGAUUUUCAAAAAUGGGGAAAGGGUAGAUUUUGACAAGCUUAAUGUCUAUAUGGCAGCAAACCAGUCUGUAAGUACUUAGAAAGGACAUAAUCACCAGUAACCCACUUGGAUGCAUCAAGCACUAACGUAGUUUCUCUUUUGAUAGUGCUGUUGCAUCACUAGGUCAGGUGAAUGGAAAAGAUCGUAUAAAUCACUUCCUGAAAGGGUUUCCUAACAGCCUUGUGGAUAAGAAAAAUAUGGCCUUGCUGGUGUAGUACAUGGACGUCUAUUCAGAUAUUUAAACAAAUGGUAGAUUAAUGAGUUGAUAUGAUUUUGGUCUUUUGAUAUUUCACAGGGCUUUGUCUUAUUCAACUUAAUUUUAUUUUAAAUCAGUAAUUUGGAUGAAGCCAUCAGAAAGAUCGGAUUUGAGGAUGGAACAACUCAACGUUGCUAAUAUAAUAGAUGACGGUCACAACUCAAAACAGUUCCCGAGUGACACCAUAAAGAUGGAAUUAAACAGAUUAUAAAUGUAACAUCCUCAUUUGAAGUAAAUAGGUUGUAUAAAUUUGGGGUGGAGAAACCUGGCUUCAUGUCAUUUCAUAUAAAAAAGACUUAGGGAUUUCAGUUGGCCACAGACUCGAACAACCAAUGUAAUGACACUAAUAAAAAUUAAUGGUGUUUCAGAUUUUAUUAAUAGAAUUGUCACAGCCAUAGUCAGAAUACCUCAGUGCCAGUGCUGGCAUUUCACUCUGGGUACCAAAUUUAAGGAGUACACUGACACAAAGUAUGCAUCCAGGAGAGGCGACCAAGAUGGUGAGGAGUCCAGGACCCAUAUCACAGGGAUAUUUCGCUGGAGGAGAACAUUUGGAGAGAGAGCAAGAUUCCUGUCCUUGAGAAGCUGAAGCCCUCUCAUGCAGAAGGAAUGAGCUUCCUUUGUGCUGCAGGCCUGGGAGCAAUGGGUGAAAGUUGCCGAAAGCUAGUUUUCGGUUUUGUAGAAGUUAAGUGUAAGUUGGACCAAAUCAGUUGCUCAUUAGGAUCAGGCUGGUGGAGACAGUGGCACACUGGAGUGCAGGUGCCCCAGCUUAGGGGCUAAACUGCUGCUGAGCUCUGGCCUGUUGCUGCUCUGCAGGUCCAGGGUUGUCAACUCUGAUUUUUUAAAGAAGCCAAACAUCUAGAUUUGUAUGUGAAAGCUCUCAAGUGUUGGCAACUAAUUUUAAGUUUUUUAGAAGAUUAUGCAGGCUGAACACAUCUGGGAGCCAUAAAUGACCUAAGGUUUGCCCAUUUACAAUCUCUGGACUAGAUGAUCUCAGUUCCCUUUCAACUCCAAUAUUCUCUGAGUUUCAGUGUGACCUACAGUGUACCAUUCUCAAGUGGUUCUUAGAAAAACAGAAGUAGACAGGUGUCUUUGGUUUUUAAAGUCCUGGACCCUGGGGCUUAUGCUGUUGCUAGGUGAUUCCCAGCUGCAAGAUUAGAAUCUUUAAAAAUCCUAAGCCCAAACCUCACCCAAGACCAAUUAAAUCACAAUCUCUGGAAGCAGUAAUAGCUGUAUUUUUAAAUUCCCCAGGUGAGUCCUAUGUGCAGACAAGUUUAGGAACCCUUGGCCUAGGCCCUGAUAGCCUAGUUACCUUAGAAAAUUUUGACCAGCUUAUUCCCAUUCCCUCGGAAUUUCCAGGCCACCCUCUCUCAUUUAAUCCGCUGUGUUGAUCCUGUUAGUAUGGUAACAGGUUAUCAGCUCUUGCAGAUAGAAUUCUUGAAAGAGGGUACUGCAGUCACUGGGGCGGGUCGUUGUACCAUCAUCUCCUGAUCCCCAAACUAAGGUUGUCCUUAGUUAAUCACUGAGUCAGCAGAGGGCAGUUCAGUCCAACCAAAGAAUUAUAUGCUAAUGUUUCUACAGUUCUGGCCAACAAAGUAGCAACAGAUGAAUAAAAUAAGUUUCAGAUG